AUGAGCGACCAAGCCAACCCCGUAUCCAGUUACUGGAUGAACAAAUUGCACGCACAUGUCGCCCGCGUGAACGCGAACCACAACGAGGACCGAUCGAAGAAGAAAAGAACUGAGGAGAUGCCUUCUGGAAAAAAACCACAAGGCCCCUUUCGCGUUCGAGACAACGACAUGGAGAGAAUUAAGAAGCGUCGACAUGACGCAAAGCGCGACCGCAAGGUCCGAUUCGAAGGGGUUCCGAAAAAUGGAUCUGUCGAUGGCUCUUUACCCUGUCAGUCUGAUGAUUUCAUUCUUCGGCUAAGCGUGUCCCAUAUGAUAUCUAACCAGUGUCUCUACAGUAGCGUGAGCAAAGCAGCAAAUUCGGAUAGCAAAUCCGACAUGAGUUGUCCGGAAACCCUUGCUGGUGAUGUGAAAAUUCUAGCUCGACAGAUCGGAACCCUGAAAAGGGAUAUGGAGAAGAUGAAGCAAACGCUGGAGAAUAUGCAGUGA